AUGGCGGUGCAGUUGCCGGAGUUCAAGUACGUCACCGAGGAGGCACUUAGAGAAUGGAGGAGCUCGAGCAGUGGCUUCAAGCUGAAGGAAGCUGUCCCCGCGUCGAGAUUCCUCUACGAGCUCUGCUGGGCUAUGGUCCGACCUCGGUGUUCUCUAGCAACUACUUUUGUAGUGGAUUUUUUUUUGUUGGUUUUGUUUGUGGUGGUUGUAGUUACGACUGUCGUUCUGCCUACUUGGAAGGUUCGUGGAGACCUGCCUUUGCAGAAGUUUAGAGCUGCGCUGGACUCGGCGACAUUUCCCGGCGAAUGUUCCAAGGACGAUAUAUCUUCAGUUUUGGCCGACAUAAUCGCACAUAUGGGGCAGGACGUGAGUUUGCCUUCUCUCGCCUUCCCAUGGAGAUUAGGGCGUUUCUAUUAGUGUUUGGUUGCCUCUUUGGCCUGUUUCUUAUUUACAUGCAAACUUUUAAUAGAGUGGCGAAUUGUGAUAGUUUUUUGAAGUUAGUCUUAUCCAUUUGUUUAAACUGGCUAUAUAUGCUGACAGUGGAUCUUGGCCAACAAUGAUAAAGAUAUUUGAAUUUUUUGAGGAUAGAUGCACCAUAAAUUUGUCGGUCUCUUCUACUGUGGCCUGGUGGGCGAGAUGGAUGGUAGGACAAUCGAUAUUACUCCGUAGAAUGAACCUCUUUUCACGAAGGAAACUAUGGUUAUCAUUGGUGUGUUGGAAAAUUGGAACUUACGCUUUUCUCACUACAGAAAGCUGUAAAUCGAGAAACUCAGUGCGCACUUUUUAUCAACAAGCAGUAACACGUGAGAAGAUAUGUAAAAUACGAAGAAAAACUCACAAUUGUGUCACAUUGUCAUUGUCUGGGAAAGAUUAUUAUUUUUUUGAGGCCUGAAACUAACUAGAAAAACCCUUUAAAUGAGUUUUUUUAUGAGCAGCAUGAUUUUCUUGGAUUCUCAGCUCAGCUCCUUACGCUGAUAUUGGGAAAAUGCCCGGUUUUUUAAUAGACUGUUUCUCAAAUUGAAACAUUUUACAUAAUUUUUAUGCGCCUUCAUGCUUAGUUGUGUAGCUGAUCCGUGUUUAUCAAAAUUGAUCAAUGUUUUGUAAUAAUUUUACAAUUUCUCUCCCCCUCUCUCUUGGUGUGUAUAUAUCUCUUUUCGGAAUGCUUUAUAUAGCCUAUGAGGACAAAAUAUCAUUGAAAGGAGGACUUGGGUGGACUUAACAAUGGUUCCAGUCACCCAAGCCAUAAUAAUUGAGGAAAUAGCUAUCUUGCUCACAUGUGACUCCCCAAUCCGCCCUAGAAGAUUGGCAUCUGUGGGAGGGUGAGAUGUGGUCAACUAAAUAGGGCCUUGUAGUCGUUGAUACUGCUGUUGAAACAGCAAUUCGACCUUUCCCUAAUUAAGAAACUAUGGCAACAGUUUUCGGUAUGAAGGGUAGAGAAUCACGUAAAUGAUGUCCAUUAGCUUAUUUUAGUAGUUAUUGUUCAAGAGCUAUUGAAAACCACUUUAAUCAAAAUUGUUUCAACCCACUAUAAAUGCAGCGCUGUUUCUUAAAGAAGGGGCCGAGGACCUGGUGGAUUUCAGAAAAAGACAGUUCAUAGAGCAGUUGGCUCAAGUUAUUUUUUAUAAUAACAAUCCAGUUUUUGAAUACAUAAUUAUAUUGUGUGAAUAUUACAUACAAAAUAAGGAGUGUAGGAUGCUGAAAAUUUUAAUGAGAAACAUUCCUAUGAGUUUGUGAAGAUACGUAAACAUUGUGCCUGAUCGAAUCCAAGCAUGAGGUUUACUCGGUUCCAUAAUUUCAUUCCAAAUUUUGAAUUUUGAUCGUUAAUAAUAGAAACUCAUGUCACUGCUUCCGAUUGCACUAGUUGGUCAGGCCCUUAGUUCAGUGGUAGGAAAGUUUGCAGAAGUUAACAUCAUUGGUCUUGUUUUCUGCGGACAAAGUUUGUGAGACAUUAAUUGUUCUUUUUUGUCGAUUCAUUACUUUCUUCAUUAAGAUACGGAUAAAAGUAAUACAUCUGGAUUAUUUGCUUCCAUUUGAGCCUGUGACUGACUUACUAUCAUGGUAGGUUUGUAUGUGACGACCUUUUGAAUUGUGUCAAUUUUACUGUUUUUACUUGAUAAAAUGUCCUUUGUUUUGCUCUAAGGGCCAAUCAUUCUUGUUGCAUAUUGGGAUGUAUCUUCAUAGCCUAUGGAUUCUUGAUAAGAAAUUUCUUAAAUCAUAUAUUGUUUGUUUGGAGGUCAUGGAACUGAACGGGGAUUAUCUACUGUUUUGCAGCAUACAAUGCCUGGAGAAUAUCGAACUCGGCUAGUGAAAAUGGUUUAUGCUCUACCUUUUUGAGAUCUUGUAUGGAAAUUGUUUUGUUCUCUUCCAGCUCAACGGAUAUUCUUAUUGCCUUUUGUUUUCUUGGGUUAGUGCAACGUUCACCUUUUCUUCUACCCUAGAAGAUAUUAGUACUUUGAGAAAAAUUACGGCGAUUGAAGUUUUGGCUAUAAAGCCGUGAGGAUAUAGUUUUGGCUAUAAAGGCGAUUGAAGUAGUGGUUUGGACAAGAAAGUGCUACCAAUGGAUGGAAGUAGCAGUACAUAUUCAAGAUUCUAAGAAUGCGAAUGACUCUCUAAGAGCAGUUUUAAGAAUAAGAUACUAUUCAUCUGAAACUGAGAUCUUUUUUGUAAAAUGGUUUCAUAUUCUCUUUUGUUGAAAGAAGUGCGACAUAUUUGAUGCAUAAACAUUAUGGAUAUGCUUGGUGAAAAGUUGCCCAAAGUUCUUCUUUAAUAAGGGAUCUAUGAGUGAUUUUAGACAUUCUCUGUUAUCUGAUUAAAGGAUGCAUAUUUUUUUUUGCGCAGUCUAAAUGGCUGGUGGAGUCUGCCUUGGUUCCGUGUAGACUUUUCCAAGAACGAUGUGAGGUGAAGCAUGUUUUUUACAUUCGGGAAAUAUUUAAUCACCAGUUUCACCUCAGUUAGUUCUAAUUUGUAAUCUCUAUUUUUUAUUUAGAAUUUCAUAAUUCUAAUAUCCUUUCGCAGGAAGAGUUUUUAUGGGAAUCGGAAUUCACUAAAAUAAAAGCUCAAGAAUUAAAGGCCAAAGAGGUAUGGCGAUUAGAUUUGUUCAAUGCUUAUGUUCAUUUACUUUCUAUUCAUCAAUUUGUGAUUUCAUUUUAUUUUCAGCAUUGCUGGUGGAUUGACUAAAUCAUCUCUCACAUUCUGUCAGUUUUAUCGACAUUAUGUGAUGCUUAAUAUGAUAUUUAGUGAUGGUCUACUUUGACUUGUAGGUUCGGGUGAACACUCGACUUCUUUACCAACAAACAAAAUUCAAUCUUCUUCGUGAAGAAAGUGAAGGCUAUGCAAAACUGGUGAGCUAACUCUGACUUUCUUUAAAAAGUGAACUUUUUUCUAGUGAAGGCUAUGUACAACAGUGAAUUUAUUUAAAUUGAAUUCUUGUUACAGGACAGAUCAGAUUUACCCAUUCACCUCAUUUUUUAGGUCAUGGUCUUCUGGAACUUUUAGUGAAUUUGAAAUAACUCAUUUAGAUAUGAUCUAGCGCCAAAGGAUCAAAUGGAAUUGAUGGAAAGGCUGAAGGUAUAGGUGAAAUAUCCGGCACCAAUAUGUGAUUAGGAUAUCAUCUGUAAAUUUCUUGAAUCUGCUGAACGGCUGGGAAAUGCUGUUUAAGAAGUGAAACAAAGAAGAAUGGUUGUGUUAAGUAAAUUUCAAACUCACUCCCUUGUGAUUCGCUUUGCUAAUGGUUGGAAAAAUCCAGUUGUCCAGCUGAAACACUUUACACUGAUAACCUCAAGUUAAUGGCUCAAUAUCUGGAUUCUGCGCUGGUCUAACUGAGAAUUUUGUCCCAUUUUUUGCCUAAUGAUGGGUGAUUAGUGGGUCCAUUUGAUUUGCAUUCAGACAAUACGCAGGCUGAAGUCUGAAAGAUCAGUUAAUGCUAGGAAGUCUUCAGCCGCAGUCUGUUGUCGCCAAUAUUUUCAGUAUCAUAUGCAAUGUCCGCAAUAGUUAUAUCACAUAAGCAUGCUGGCAACGCCUGAGCUCUGGGUACUUGGGGUAAUGCUUUAGCAUAACCUCUUAAAUCAUGUUUCCCUGUCAGUUUAGUAGAUACUUUUUUCAAUAUAUUCUGAAAUAGUAACCUAAUAACAUAAUUGAUGAUAAUGUAUAUAAAAAGAAAAACCGUUCUAAACUGUAGUCAAUAAAUCUAAAGUAAAACUCUUUUUGAAAAUUUCUAAAAUGUCCUUCGAUACUGCACUUACAAUUUUCUCUUAAUACCAUUGAAGAUUUUGUAGCAAAUAUAUCCAUCGACAUAAACAACUAGCUGUUCAUCUCAUCAUAUAAAAUGAGAAUCACUGUGAGAAGAAGAUAGUACUUCACAUUGAGAGACCCUUUCCAGCUGCAAACUUUUGUGUGCAUGGUAUAUUUUAAGUGGUAAGAAAUUUUCUUCAAAAGAUUGGAACACGUGUUGAUUUAUUGUAAGGAUACGAAGACUGAAUAUCAAUUUUCUUUUCCAAAUCUGAAAUCAGUCCUGUUAAUCUACUUAUUACACUGCCAACAUCAAGAAGUGAUCAUCAUUUUUCCUCUCGUUUAGAGGGAGCCACUCCGUGAAAUCAGGAAGAGAGCGAGGUUGAGCCUUUUCCUUUAUUAUUGGCUGUUUUGGGUUUUUGAAGCGCACCAUAUUUGUAUCUCUUUUUAUUGAAGUACGACAUAUAUUGGGCUUUUUCCCGGUUGAGAAGCUAAACUGAUGGCUAAAGUGAUCAUUGAUUACUGGUGUUGUUUCUUAUCAAUCUUUUUUGUUUGUCUUAUUUUCACCAAACUUGAUUUUGCUUAUUUUAUCUGGCCCUUGUCUAGUCUAUGGCAUGAUAGAACUAAAAAUUAUAUUUUUUAUUGUGAUUUUUCUGUUCAAGAAGAGUUAUUCAGGGAUUCACUUUGUUUUAUGUUUGGGCUCGAAUUUGGUUUCCUUUGUUUACUGUGUAGGUUACACUUCUUUGUCACAGUGGGUUGAUUAGAACAGACAAUGCUUCAUCAUCAGCAGUAAGCUUGAUUAAGGUUGUGGAUCAUUGUAGUUUCGAUGUGAUAUAAUGCAGCAUCCUUUUCUGCUUAUUGGAUCUAACGGUUAUCUCUUUGCAGUCGUUAAUUGGACACUUUGACUUGGAUCCAAAUCGUGUUUUUGAUAUAGUAAGUUCUUAACUUGUUAUUAUCUUAUCUAUCUUAAUCUGAUCACUGCCAUUGUCUCUUUCAAACAUCUGUUCCUGUCAAAAAUCUUUUAUUUUGAAGGCUCGUAGCACUGAUUACUUGAUAGGCAGUAACGUCAAAUGCUUGGUGUAUCAGGUUUUGGAAUGUUUUGAACUGCAUCCAGACUGCAGUAUCUUUUAUGAUCUAAUUCCUAUGUUUCCAAAGGUAUGGUAAAAUAUUCUGCAAACUGUGACUAACAGCUUGGUCUUGUUGCCUAUCACAUCUCACUGUUUUCCAUGUGGCAUGCAUUUUUUUCCAGUCUCACGCCUCCCAAAUUCUCGGAUUCAAGUUCCAGUAUUAUCAACGCAUGGAUGUAAAUAGCCCUGUUCCUUUUGGGCUAUAUCGUCUUGCUGCAUUGUUAGUCAAGGCAGAUCUUAUUGAGCUUGACAGUAUGUAAGUGCAUAGUAAUUUAUCAUGUACCACGGAUCCUAUGCGCUUAUCAGCUUUUCUCGUUUCUUGUCAUUUUGGGUAUUUAUAAUGCAGUUUCCUUGUUAGUUUUUUGACGUUUCGUCCUUUCAUGUUGAACGCCCAUCUAUUUAGACAUUUUUUUUUCUCAAACGAUUUUUUUACUUUUCCAUAAAUUCUUAUUUGUAUUUUAAAAAUGGUAAUAAGAGCUAGAGUGAUGUUGACUGGUUCCAGUUUCGAUUUGAAUUGAGCUUUAUCAGGGUGAUUUACAAAAUUGCUGUUCACUAUCUAUGAAAUUUACGCACUUUUGGAGUGCCUCAUGCUCAUUGGAAGAAAGCAUGCUGGCUGGUCUUUAUCCUUUUCACCAGGAUUAUCUACUAGCUUCACUUGGAUUAUUGCUAUAAAAGAUGUUGAACUGACCAGAAUCUGUCACACAUUUGCAGAGAAACGAAAACAAGAACAUUUCUAUACAUUCUCAAUAACUCUUACCACUUCCUGCCCAAACUAUGCAAAUUGAAAAAUUCAGAUCUUCUAACAUUAAAAUUAACUGUGAAAUCAAAAUUGCUAUCCAUUUGUUCCUAUGUUUCCAUGUUUCCCGGAAGAGUGAUCUCAAUGAGAAUUUUCAAAAAUUCUUACCCUUCUAUUUUGGCAGAUCAUGCUUGAUUGUGGUAUUUAUUUCAUGAUUGGGAUUUAGGGAACACUCUCAAUUUCUCAGUUCUGAUCCUGCAUUGCGUAGAGGCUACCAAACUUCUCUUACUCUCAGUUGUAGAAACGGCAUUCAUUUUCCUGACCGGGUUAAAUUUCUUAUUUGUUUUGAAGUGGAUCUUCCUGUGUGCCAACCUUCCCAUUAAUGCCUUUAGUUUGUCAGAGGAUUUUAUAUGACCAGUAAAGCGUGAUUUCCCUCUGUCAAUAUUUUGUUGCGACUCUUACCAAUGGUCUUUCAUGCUCUGGAAUAGCAUAGAUGUAACCUCAAUGAAUUCACUGUCUUCUUAUGCAAAUGUCUUGCAACCUUUCAAUAAGAAUCUCCUAUUAAUGACAACUGUUUUUGCGACAAACUUUUGUAGUAUAGUUUUUGAAGUCACGAAUCAAAAUGGAAUUUCGUACACGAUUUUUGUUUCUUACAUGAUGACAUAUUCAAGUCCCUUCUUCCAGGUCGGUGAAGCUAGUCCAAUUUAUGUAACAAAAUUUCCUGUUUACUCUUAUGGGUUUAUGCCCUUCCAGUGUAUUACCUUGCUCCUGUAUGGUCUUUUGCAGAACACUGUUCCAAUCAUGUUACUGAUCGGGCUGUAAUGGGAGAUCUUACAUGCUCACAUAUUCCUCGAAAUUAUUUCAAGCUUCCUUACUCCUCGUCCCUGUCUGGUUAUUGGGUUUAUAUAUUAUCCAGGAGAGUAAGCUCAAGAACAACCAGGAAAUAAGUAACAGUUUUUGCUGUUGUAAAGUUCUCCUCAUGUUACAUUCGGAAACCAUACAUUGGUUUUUUUUCCACAAUGACCUGUCAGAUCUGAUCGUCUGCGAAUAAGUUUCACUAAAAUAUCUUCUCUAUGUACGUCGCCUACGUGGGUACUUAUAACCAUGUAUGCCUGUACUGGGGAAUUAUGAUUUUGGAAACAAAAAUCUGCCGAACUGGGGAAACCGGUCAGUAGACAUUUAUGCAACGGUUUGACCUUGAAGUAUGUCUGUAUAGGUUCUUAACUUGUGGAAAUAUGUUGUUAACGACCUGCAACCACUUGGAGUUGUCCCGCACCAGCAGAGUUUCAUCAAAAGAGAUCCCUUUCUUAUAUGCUAAAGUAAUUUUAUCAUGCGGCGAGCAGGUCAGAACCAGCCAUAUGUGGUUAGAUUGUUCCCAGGAUGAACUGGAACGAGAACAUGCUGUAAUUCAUAAAAAGAGGUUUCCUUAUUAGAUAAUGGGUUUCAUCAUCUACUAGUGAAACUGGUCACAUGAUAUUGGACUUUUCCCAGGAUGAUCUGGAAGGACCCAUGUCCUUCUGGAAUCAAGAUUUGAUCCUGACAACGUAUUUUUAACUUCAGGAUAUAAUCAAGUUCAGUUUUUUUCCUUGUCAGACUUAUUGCUUGCCUGCUUUAAUUUUCCAUGCAUUUGUUAAGCUCCUUGGUGUUUAUCAGUCACUUGUCAUCUGAACUGGAUAUCAUUUAUUUCACAAAUUCUCUCUACAAGUGUAUAACGUUUGUUUUAGCUCAAUUAAAAUUUCAUAACCUUCUUUGAAAAUGGUUGACUCCUUUAUUUGAAGAUCUUAAGAGAAAACGGACAUUACUUUUCUUAUGUUCUAAACUGAAAAUUUUGUUAAAUCAAGUUAAUCAUAUCAAACCAUCUUGCAAAUGAGGGCUAAUACCUUUUUUUAGGAUUUUUGGAUGGAUUAUUAUUAUUUUUGAGCCGAAAAUUACUAUUUACGUCUGGUAUUUCAGAUAUGCUCAUUUGCUUCCAAAGGAGAGUGAAGCCCUCGAGCAUUAUGAUGCAUUUUUGGCCAAAAGAAUUGAAAUGGUAUGCCGUCUCAUUGACAUCACGUCCCUCUUCGCCUUCUAUCUGAAAAAAAUUAUUUCUCUGAACAGCUUGUAACAUAGUUUUAUGUGAAAUAUGAACCCAGUUACUGGGUUGUUGUCUGUCUGUCUUUUUCCCGGGUCUCUUUUUUCAUUUAGGGUGCUAGACUAGUCUCUUUAAUUUCACCGGCAAGUUUGGGAUUAUGAUUGAGUUCUCCUUUAAUAUUAAUUUUUCUGUUGCAUUUUAACCACGAUGUAUUUGCUCAUUUUUUCUUAGGUCAAUAAAAUUGGGAAAAUAAAUCUUGCUGCCACUGGGAAAGAUCUUGCUGAUGAGGAGAAGCUUGACUUUGCGGUGGAUUUCUUUGCUGCCAUUGACAUGGAGGCUAAGGCAGUAUCAGAGCGUGGUCUUGAACUGGAUAGUAACCAGAGCUUGGGUCUGCUUAUGGGUUUUCUUUCUGUUGAUGACUGGUAAAGGUUCAUAUGCUCUUAUUGUAGAAGCUUAUGGUGCUUGAUUAUUUUUCUGUUUUUGCUACAAAAUCUUUGUCAUUGCAUCUAUCAUGGGGCAAGGUUGGCCUAUAAAUGUUGAAUAUUUUAAUUUUUCUUUAUGAACUGAGAUGUAGUUGUCCAAAUCAUGAAAAGUUAUCGAUAGAUAGUAUUGUCAUUACUGAAGAGCUGGGGGUAGCUGUCAGAAGGAUCUCUGCCAGCGUUCUCUUUGAUUUUCUUAUUCUCCUUUGCAGUGCUGAAAACUCUUGAUCUGGUUCAGAGUUCAAAAAGUUGAUUUGAAGUGCAGAUAUUGUUGGCUCAGAACUAGGACACAAUCUGCAAGGUGGAUGAUCAUUAGAUGUUGGCUGAUUUUGAGUUAAUGAUCUGUUGAGACUGAGUUACGGUAUGUAAUGUGAGUUUUGUUCUACCUGAGGCUGAAUAGGCUCCUGAAAAUGAGAUAUUCGGCACUGCACUCAGAGAUGUGGUUACAAAAUUGGGCAUGUAGAGUAUGGUGCUCUGUAUGCCAUAUUUAUGAACACCAUGAAUUGAAGAAAGCGUAUUCUAUUUGUUUGGAUGAUUAUCAUCAAACUUAAUGCUGUUUGCAGCAUCAAUACAAUUGCGACUGGGUAAUGGAACGCAAAGUAUACUUGGGAAGUUACGAUGUUUGGAUGAUUAUUUCAAACAUUGGGAGAACGCCUGAGCUGUUCACAGGCAAAGGAAGGGCUAUACAAGAGAGAAAAUAUCAGUUUGGGGGUCAACCAUUAUGGUUGGAGGAACUUUUUAUGGUUGAAUUUGAAGAAAGUUCAUGCUUUCGCAUUUCCUAGACACGUUCGUCUAAGUGAACGAAGAAAAUGAAAGAACUGGGGUGUCCGGUUAUGUGAUUCAAAAAGAUGUUUGAUAGACUAAUUGUAUGUCAUGUUGGAGAAAUCCUGGGCAAACUUGACACCCAAAAAAUGAAUUUAUUUCUUUGGGAAGUUGUUUGCAAGGAAUUUCCAGCGAUGGAUAGACAAUGAAAUUGAGUCCUCUGUUUAGAAUAUCUGGCAUCUCUUUCCUUAAGAAAAACAUCAGAAAGAUUACGGGAAGUAAUCUUCUUUUUAAAGCAAGAGACAAGUAGUGUAGAAGGAUGUGGCAAUAUCCACUAACUGGUGUGUUCACGUGGAGAUUCAGGGAAAUGAUUUGUUAUUUUCAUUAGUUUCGUCGGGAUCUCUAUAUUUACCUUUUUUCUCUGUCGAGAAAUUGUUGCACUUACAACCUUAAGAAAACCUGGUGUGAAAUGGACCUUGAAAGAUGACAUUUGAAAAGUUUGUAUGACAAUUUGAAGUAUGCUCAGAAGAAACUAGAUCAAAUCUUUCAAAAAAAUAUUUCGAAGUCUUCAAGUAUUAAAUGCUUUCAUUCUCCAGUUUAUAUGUUCCAUAAACUCUGUUAAAGUUCGUUCACAUUUAUCUAUGAUUCCGGAGUUUGCGUACAAUAAAUUUAUGGGUGUGACGUUGACCCGUUUAAGUAGUACUGUAUGUGGUUUUGCAGGAACCACGAAUCCGUCGCUUUUCCAUGUCCUAAAGUCCUGUAUUUUGAUCUGAUUCUAGGAAGCUGAUUCAUCAUUGGGAACGGGAACCAUUGUGUGACUGGGGGAAUUAAUACUUGUUCUUCUGUAAAGUAAUCAGCUUGGAACUGAUUAAACCACCUGCUUUACCCAGUUCGAACCAGUUGUAUGUCAUCCACGAAGCAGCGUUUAAACGCUUGCUUUUAGCUGAUGUUUUAACUAGUAUCUGAGUUCCGUUUGGAUAUAAAGCCAUCUUUUAAAUCCCUGCUGCUGACUCAGUUAAAACUCUUCCUAUGUUCGCACCCAUGUACCAUUCAUAUUCCAUACUGUCAUUAUGAGCAGUUUUGAGAUACUCGUGUAUAGAAUGCUCGUGUCCUGGGUGCUCAUUAGAACCCAGAAUGAAAUACUGCACGUUCUUUGAGCGCACCUCAGAUCACUCUGUCAGACUUUCUCUGAAUCUAACUUAAUAGGUCAUCUUUUGCAUUUGGGAGCUGAUCCAUGGUAAGAAACUCUGAAAUUCUCAAGGAAUAGGUGCUGUAGGGAUGCACUUGUGCAUUUCCAAGAGCUGCGGUUCCUUGUGAGGAGGAUUUUCUCAUGUGUUUGGUUGCAAUUAGGGGUACCAGUGCCCCUUUUUGCUCGUUUACAGUCAUGGUUGUCAUGUUUGUCAGUGUUAUAGCAUUUCACAUUGGCAGACAGUUGUAACAGUUGUUCUAUUGUUGCCCUGGAAUACAAGCUAUCGGCAUCUCAUUCUAGUUAUCAUUGCUUUUAAAAAUGCUCUUUUGUUUUCUUUUUGAAGUGAAAUACUCGAGGAUUAUGUUGAUUUGUGACAUAAAUUGCCAUUAUUUUCGAAAUUUAUGUGGUUCUUUAUCUUUUAUCAGUAAGCGGUGCUCCUAUUUCGGUGGAUAGGUGAAACAUAUUCUUAACUUUCCCUCUUCUUUAGGUAUCAUGCAAAAAUACUAUUUGACGCUCUUUCACAUCUGAAUCCUGUUGAGCAUAUCAAAAUCUGCGAUGACUUGUUCAGGUACUCGUCAUUGUCUUUUGUAUUUAUAAAUGGUUCAUAUCUUUUUCAGUUUUGUUAUAGUUCAUAUGUUGGUUGAAAUUUCAAACUAUCUGAGAACGUUUUCGAGUUCGCUUUUUUUCUAGUUUUUUCUUCCAUUCAAAUCUGGAUGUUAGCAUGCCAUUUCUAAGGAAAAGAAAUGGAAUGCGAGAGAAGAAGAAAGAAAUAAAUAUAAUGUAAAAAAGUAUGAUUAGUUCUGAUGGCAUCAUCUAUACAGAACUAAAUACUCCUAAAAUUUGGUUUCUCUUUUAAGGUUUUCGUUCCCUGAAGUAUUGGCAUCUGAACUGUAUUAUUACUAAUCUGUAUUCACAAUGCUCAGUUCUUUCCGAAUUGCCUCCAUGACAUCUUCAUGUGUUCAAGGUCUAUAUUGCCCAUUUUCUCCGCGAAAUCUUUCUAUAUCGUUAUUUCUGCACUUUGCAUGUGAUACUAUGAUGGCCUUAAAUUUGGAGAAGUUCUGUGUGGCAAUGAUGUUUUAAAACUUCUAAAGAAAUCACCAGACUUAGUAUAGGGACGCUGCGUAGUAUACCGAAGGGAUUAGUGGAAAGAUAAUGGCAGGUCACAAAGAGACUCCGCUUUCCCUUUUUUGAUCCACACUAUCGAUCCGAAUUCGGAUCCAAGUCGUGUUUCAUGUGGAAACCAUCACAUAUCCCAGUUAGAGUCAUUAAUGGGUUGACAAUUAUCUGAAAUGCAAAUCCUAAUUGAAUUUUGUAAUGUGCUAGGCCUGGGACAGCCUUCUAGGAUGAAGCUCAUUGGGUUUUUGUGGGAGAGGCUAUUCUUCACUUGAAAAUUUUCUUGAUUGUAUCGUGGAAUCUUGUCAUCUUUGCUCAUUCGACGAUGAUGUUCAACCUCUCCUAUUAUUUUGCAUGCAGUCUCAAUGCAAGAUGUUAGUACAUCCCUGUUCUCUGAGAAACUGAGGGAUAAAGAAUUGACAGUAAGGACUAGUGAAGCUCAGGGAGAGGCCUUGAUGGUAGAGGACCAAAAGGAAGGUAGUCAAGAAAUACUAAAUGAUUCCAGACCCAGGUCAAAGAACAAGUCAGCAUUUGCAAUUACGGCCACAGUAGUGUCACAUCCUAGCUAGUUUUAAAUUGGAAAGUAAAUAAAAAAAGAUGAAAGAAAGAUCAUAAAAAGAAAAUUCUUCUGAAGUGUUGUGCUUGGCACAGCUGCAGGUGCUAUGUGCCUGCAGGCCUCCUCUGGUCCAGCAUCCGCCUCUAGUGGCUUCCCUCCUCACAUCAUCGUGAGGAAGGUCGGUCUCCUCACUUCCCCUCAGCCUGUCUCGUAGCUGCAGUGCGCACAGCAUCUGCAGCAUUGGGGCGUCUCCUUCCACUGGAGCGUCAUGCACGGCCAUGAUGCCAAGUGUGGUGUCUCCGUGUAUGAGGGGCAUCCCCUUGCAUGGUGCAGUCCGAGCACGUGGCAGCCCUGCCACAGUGGGCUGCCUUCUGCUGCUCACAGGUACUGUGAAAUCCAAUGAUGAAGUCUAGUUCUCUACCCAUUAGUUGAUGGCAUAGUUACGCUGCUUGUCUGUGACAUUCCGUGUAAGCUGAUGAUAGUCUGUGUUCAAUAAAGGCUUGGAAUUAGGCGUGGAGGAUCUUGCACACUGGUCCAUCAGUAUAAUUUCCUAUGUUAUAAAUAGCUUCCACAAUAUACUCGACUUUUGUGAGAAGGAGAAUCGUUGGAGCGUUUGUUCUAAUUGUUCGUUCUUGUGAGAUUUGAUAGAUAGUAUACCUGUUGUCGUGAUGUACUUAAGAAAUAAACCUUGUAUACUGUACAUGUUGGCAGAUAUGCCCUCCUGUUUCUUAUAUGCCCACGUCUAUGUCAGUAUGUCUAGAAUUUUCUAGGGAUCUGGUAUAAAUACUGGACCUUGCUCUCCUUGUAAUAAUUUUUUCAAUCAAUAAAGAUAUUCUCUCUCCAUGGGUGCUGAGGUUUCUAUCAGCGCACCAGAUCAUGAGUCAGACUGACUACAAUAGCCCAUAUUAGGUGAUUGAUGACAACAUCCAAUUCAGAUGUAUGAUUAAAGUGGAUCUGGCUAUGUACUGGAAGAAUAUUGGGUUAGCUGAUAGUGUAUUUACUUGUGCAUUUUAGCAGAUUAAAUAUUGGGUAGAGUAAGACUCUUUUUUAUAGUUUUGACAGAUGUGAUGGUUACUUGAAGCUUUUUUUAGUAAAUAAGAGUUGGGACAAUGUUGAUUGUUUUUCUUUGUUUCCUGUUUAAUUCAUUUGAGAUUUUUUUCAUAUCGUUUCUCUUAUAUUUGUUACGAUGAGGAGAAAAAAUCAUCUUCAUACAUUCUUAGUUUCUCAUAAAAUUGGAGGGAAAACGACAAUAAGAGUUUAAAUAUUGGUCAGUUUGAAUAAUCUCUCUUUUGCGAUUGGUUGUCAAAAAAUCAAACUACACUGAUCUUCUAGAAAAGGAUCAAGUGAAUAUUGCAUUGGAAAUAUUUUACUACGUACUUUGAUUCUUAACCAGUUCCUGUUAAGUGGUGCUUGAAAUUAUAUCAUGGUCUUCGUUUUCUAACAUUGGUGAUUAAGAUAAAUUUCCAGUGGAUAAAGGUUCGUAUCCAACACUUUGAUUCUGGAUGUCCUGUUGUAUCUUUUUUUUAUUGUGUGUAUAUUUUAUUUUCUAUAGUGAAUCUUGGAGAGCCAUUUCCUUCUACAGUGUUGAGAAUCAAGAUGGUAAUUUGACAAUUUCAUGCUAUGCAUGCAGGAUUAUUGGAAGCACUAUCUCAUCUGCAUAUUCUACUGUUUGUCAAAUGCGCCCAGAAAACUCUGAUACAUCAUUUGCUUCUUCCUCUGAUGCCAUGGAAUCGUCCAAUGUAUCUUUACACUCCAGCUCCUUUGUAGAUCUUCCUAAGGAGCUUUUUCAGAUGCUCACUGUUGCUGGACCAUUUCUCUAUCGUGAUUCGCUACUAUUGCAGAAGGUAUUUCAGCUGUCCAUUCAAUUUAUGGCCUCAAUUUUUGGUUGUAUGUAAUUCAAAGUUGAAGAAAUUCAUUUACCGCUGGUGCUUUAUGUUUUUCCUUCUGAAUGAAAUGUUUGCCUCGAUGCAUUCGUACCUUGACCAAUUCCUGCAUUUAGUGUCUUUUCUGGAUGCAUAAUUUCUCCAUGUAAUCAUAAUGUUUAUUCAUUGCACUAAAGGAAUUGUUUUGCAGGUGUGUAGAGUGUUAAAAGCGUAUUUUAUCUCUGCUCGUGAACUUGUACAUUCUCCCAUAGUUAAUACCUCACCGAAGCCCAGUGAUGAAGAGAAGCUGGUUCCUGCUCUUCGUCUCAGAGAAGCAAGGCAGAAGGUUGAGGAAGCUCUGGCAUCAUGUUUAUUACCUUCUCUGCAGCUUAUACCUGCGAAUCCUGCAGUAGGCCAAGAGAUAUGGGAAGUAUUAUGUCUUCUUCCGUAUGAGGUUAGCAUUGUAGAUUGCUAUUUUCAUUUUUGCGCUGAUAUUAAUUACUGUUAUUUUUUUUGUAUGUGCAUAUGCUUUUUUUAACAUUUGUCUAAUAUUCUUGGGUCUGUGGUAUAGACUCGGUAUCGGUUGUAUGGUGAGUGGGAAAAAGAAGAUGAGCAGUUCCCAAUGCUUCUGGCGGCAAGGAAUACUGCAAAGGUCUUUCGUCUUCUCGUAUAGUUACAUUCGUUUAAUUUCUGGACAACCUGUAAUUUUAUUAUUUAUUCUACUUAUCAGUUAGAAAUCAGAAGAAUCUUGAAACGCCUUGCCAAGGAAAACUUGAAGCAGCAUGGUCGCACAGUGGCAAAGUUAGCUCAUGCUAACCCAGUGACUGUCAUUCGCACCAUUGUUCAUCAGGUAAGAUCGAGGAUUGAGGUUUAACAUCCUUUCGUUCCUGAGUGAAUAUGAUUGAUAAUUCUAUUUCAACUGCAGAUUGAGGCUUAUAAGGAUAUGAUAGCGCCUGUUGUUGAUGCUUUCAAGUAUUUGACACAGGUUUGUCUUCUUCCGGAUUUCUUGUCAGUUUGUUUGUUUACUUAUAAAACAGUCCAUCUUAUGCAGAAGAGGAUGAACUAAUAUUAUUCUUCCUUUGGCCCCCUUCUUUUGGGAGUUUGUCAGCGCAGUGGUAGAAACAAUAGUCUAUUGUUAAGAGAAAUUAAAUUAAUGUCAGCAAUGGUCAGAUUUCCCUGGUGUCCCUUAUGCUCCCUCUUCCAUGCCCACUAUUUCUAAGUUCAAUAUCGUGAAGAUAUUUGUCAUUAGCUCAAAUUUCUGUAAUUAUUUGAUAUUGCAAAAAGAAUCCCCCUUUUACCGUGCAUCCCUGUUUAAAUGGGAAAAAUAUAGUUUUAUAUCCUCCAAAAAAUGGACUCUGUUAAAAGAGAACGCCAAUAAAGUAUAUAUUCCAAAAAAUAUAAUCUGUUAAAGAGAAAAUAAAUGUAUGUCAGAAUAACGGGUCUUCAUGGACUUGUUAUUUUUGGACUUUCUAUAUUUAACGAUGUAGGGCCUUUGUGGCUGCAGUUUUUGGGCCAUUCUCAUUUCAUGCAAUUCUGUUGUAUAUCAGGAUCAGAAGGGGAUAUAUUCCUUUUUAUCGUCUUUCAACGGGAUUUGAAAAAUCUGUGUCACUAUUUCUCUUGGACCAUUUUUUGCAAUGAGAACGGUCCUGAGUGUUUUUUCUGUUAUAAGAAUUGCUGUAAUAAAUGAUUUGAAUGCAACACUGUUAAAGGGUUCAACGUGUGGUUGAUUUAUAUUAUAUAAUCUGUCUUAACUGGAAUUCUUUAGACAUCAAAAUUAUGAAACAUGUUCGCUAUUUAUUAUUAGUUUUGAACUUCUGCAGCGAUUUUCUUGAUGCCUUUGAAAGUUUAUUGAUCAUUUUUUUCCCACGAUUGAUCUACAUAUUUUAUAGUGACCAAGUUUCCCGUUCUUUUCAGCUCGAAUAUGAUAUACUAGAAUAUGUUGUCAUUGAGCGUUUAGCUCAGGGAGGGCGUGAUAAGCUGAAAGAGGAUGGCCUCAAUUUGUCAGAUUGGCUUCAAUCACUCGCAUUAUUUUGGGGCCACCUGUAUGUACUACUGAUUUCUUUGUACUGCAUCCAUAAUAAAGAUUUUAAAUUGAGUAAUUAGUUGUAAUGGUGCAAUUUUCGCUUGCUGUACUUAGUACUGCUAUCUGAUGGUUCAAGGUGUUUAUACUUCUUGGUAAGCUGGAUUGUUUUGCUUCACUCUUUGCCAACAGUUUCUGUCCUCUUAAUUGGACCGCUUAGGUAAGACAUGGAAACAUGAUUGCGUAGGCAAGAAUUGCUUUAUUCUUAUGUGAUUGAUGUAUUUUCUUCCGUAAUCAGUGGGGAUUAUUUUAAAACACUAGGAGCACAGCAUAAACACUCGUUGAGGACUUACUGUCUUCAGUAGAAGCUGCCAAAUCUUGUUGUUACUUGGCAUAGUUCUGUUUUGCCAGUUUCGGUCCAAUAGCUUGUAGAAAUUGACUCAAACCAAACAAAUAUAAGCAGUGGGGAAUUUUUCUUGGCAUACAAUUCAUAGAGUAAUUGCUGGUUAUAUACAAUUACCCCUCAAAAAAGAAAACUACCUAGGUUGAAUCCCACGAUUUAUAGGAAACUCGAGCAAAUUAGGACACUGACCAACAACCUCACCAACAUAGGAAACUGACAAACAACCUAACCCUUAGCUAUUUGUUUUUUCAUACAGAAAUGUCUAAUCUAGUUCUCUGAUGUUUUGGUAACUUUGGGUAUCCUGACAUUCGCAAUCGGCAGUUUCCGGGUUGGAAUGAACGGAUCCGUCUAGGACCCUUAUGUUUUUUUCUCGAAUACUCAUCCAUACCCUUUUUUAACUUCACAUCUGGCUACCAUCAAGUCACUAGGCAUAGCUGUAGUAGAAAAGGAAAUGAGUAAAAGAUUUUCUGGACUGGCAUACUGGCUAGAUAUAUCAUCCUGAAGUACCUGCCCCCCCUCCCCCCAAUGAGAAAAUAAUGAUCAAGUGAACAAGAUACCCACAACAUUCGACACGUGCAAUUUAAUAGUUGUUAAGUUAAUCUAUUUUUUUUCUAAGUUACUUCACAUAUUGUGAACAUUCUAUAGCUUUUUUUUUUCUUUCUUAUCGGCUGAAUUAAGUAUGAAAUAAUUUGUUUCUAUCUCAGUAAUUAUAGGGGAUGAAUAGUAAGUAGUAUCUUGUUUAUUUAUUAUUCUUCAUUGGAACUUUUUAUUUUGGCCUUUCGUUUUGGACAAUCCACAUUUUUCUGCGAUUCAAUGAAUUUCUUUUUGUCUGUUACGUCCGUGCCAAUUAUUGAGGUAUUAUAUGAGUUAGUUGUGUGUUAUUAAUAAAAUCACAUCUUGUUUACAGGUGUAAAAAGUAUCCUUCUAUGGAACUGCGGGGCCUUUUUGAUUAUCUUGUUAAUCAGUUGAAAAAGGGUAGCGGAAUUGAGCUUGUAGUUUUACAGGUGUGUUGCUUUUUUUGUUGUAAAGGUUCUCUUCACCUGGAUUUGGAACCAUUUUUAAUUGACUUGGAGCUAUGGUACAGGAGCUUAUGCAACAAAUGGCAAAUGUACAAUAUACUGAAAAUAUGACUGAGGACCAGCUGGAUGCAAUGGCUGGUGGUGAAACAUUACGUUCACAAUCUAGUAUCUUUGGAAUGACGAAAGCUAAUAAGGUGCAAACAUGAUUUCCCUUGUUUUUUCCCCCCUUAAUCACUCGGAUUACAGUCACCCGCUUUGAAUUUCAUGCAUCCUAUUCUGCUUUUCAGCAUCUUUUUUCUUCUUCAUGUAGUCUACAAGAAGAUUAUGAAUGUGUCCAAUGACAUACUUCGAGUUGAAACUUCGUUGAUAGUGGACAUGGUGUAAUCAUAUUAUGCUAUUUUUUGAACAUCUAUAUUCGUUGGAAAAUUGUCCUUUCCUUUCCUUUAUUUUCCUUUCCUCGUUUGCAGUUUUUCUGACGAUGAUGCGGAUCGUCUUUAAUUUUAAACUUUGUUGAAAAUUGAAAGGGCGUCCUCAUAUGAGGCUGCUGUUUAAGCAUCUAUUCUCUAGAUUCUUUGAAUUUUCAUCAACAGUUAUAAGUUGGAUUGCAUAUUACUCUCGGCUUCAUCAUCGAUUUUGAUGGAAUAAUGAAAUUAUAAACUAUUUUAUAAUGUUUUUAUAUGAUACAUAUUUUUGGAUCAUAACUCAGGUCCAGGUUAAGCCAGGUUGCCAUUGGCUCAGUAUAUUACCGGACUCAGCGAUGACAUUGAUUACUUUCAUGUAAGGAAAACCAUGUAAAAUUGCUUAGUCCAGUCAGGCUGUUUCAAAUGAUGAUUCUAUUGAGAAUGUAGGACACUGGUUGAGGAACAUAAUGCCCAGAGACACGUUAUUGACUAGAGUAGAUUACUUUUCUCAUAAUAGGAAACUUGGAGGUUGAACAUAACAACAUCUCAGGUGUCUGUACCCAAUGAUAUUAUUGCACUGAUGGUUUCUUGUUGGAGUUCUAGAAAUACUUUCGAAAAUAGUUAAUGAUGAUCUGACAUAGGUGAGCAAAGUAUUUCAACAGAAGGAAGGGUUAAGAUGAAUGGAUAAGACAUAGGUGAUCUGACAGAAGGAAGUCUAAUACAAUCAUCUUUUAACUCUUCAAUUCUAGUCCUUAUUGCACAGAAGGAAGAAUGGAUUAGAUGAAAGAUUGAAGACUGACGAGACUAGUCAGUGGCUACAAUCCUCCUCGGUUUUCUAGCUGAAAUAAUCAAAUUGCUUUCUUAGAUGGAAGGGUUUAGUCUGAGAAUUUCGCAAUCAUAAUCCACACCUAUAUGUUACCAAAGGAUAAGUGGGAGUGGGUUCUUUCUACUCAAAUUUGAGCUUGAGAAGGCCAACGAUAAAGUUUCUUGGAUGUAACUGGAACAUGGCGUCCAGUGGGGGUGAUGAGAAGUGAAAUUGAUGGGACACGGUGUAUUAUGACACUUAUGUUUUCAUUUUCUCAACAGUGAGCUAGUGGUUAUUAUACUAGCUUGAGAUGAUUAACCAAGGGGCCUUAUUAGAUUGCCACCUUGUUUGGCAAAUUCAACUACACUUCAAAGAAAGCAAUGGAGUUCGGUUUCCUGCAGAUUAUGAUGUGUAUGUAAACGUUUGAAUGACACAUUGGAAAUUGCUGAUUACAUGUUUCUGUUUUUCGAAAACGCCGAAGUGCUCAACUUCCAGAGGUAAUUGUUUCUGUCUGAGGAGAAAACAAGCUAGAAGGUCAAUUUCUCGUAAAUGAAAUGGUAGAUAUUUGAAUUUCAGAACAUGAACGUGCGUGCUAAUGACUUGUUGGAUCGUAAAUGUUCCAGUUUUCCCGUCAUCUAGGAUUUCUGCUGUUCCGAGGUCAGUUGAGUGAGGGAAUAGUGGCAUUAUUAUCAUUCGUUAUUGCAUCAGACUGGAGAGAACAGUCUACAGUGGAGAAAGGGUGGUUGGAUUAUUCAAAUUUGGAACUUGCAACAAAGAUUUGAUGGUCAAAUGGUUGUGAAGUUGGCGCUGCAGGCUCUAUUUGUGCAGUAAUUAAGAAGAAGCACGCUUAGGCUCUACAGCCUCUCUCCCAAGCAAUGCUAUUACCUGUUUGGAGAAGGAUUUUGAAAAAUCAGAUUGUUGGCUGAUCAGAAAUUGCAUUUUCCAGCAUGUUAUAUAUUGCCAGUAUGAAAGGGAAACUGCUUCAUGAAUUUUGAUACUUCAGUGGACCGAGGAUGAAUGAAAUAUUUAACUCAGAUGCAUCAUACUAAUUGGAGAUGCACCGACUUCAAUAUGCGAUAUUUAUUCUCCAGUGUUUUUACUGUGUCUGGAUGUAAUGGAGGGGCCAAAUGCAUCAGCUAUUUCCAAUUCUUAUCUUUGUAACGUCAUUUGAUGGGCAAUUUGCCAAAGCAGUUGACAGGUUUGCUGCUUCCCCUCGCCGUUUGCAGUCCCAUGGUUCAAAUAAUCAGAUCGCCUAGUGAUCUCAUCUUCUAACUCUAAUUGGCUCCAUGGGUAGGCAAUUUUUUUGGAGUAUCUGUUUGUUUUGGUAUCCCUGACCAAAUACAGCUUGGCAAGAGAUGACUUGGAGACUGUUUUCUUGUAAAUUUACAUUAUUCGGGUAUUCUCUAUCUAUUUCCAUCUUCUUGAUUCAUUGUUUUUGGAUGUCUAAUUAGAAAAACAUGCCGGAAAUAACCUGGUUACAAUAGUCAUUCUCCAGCCAAAGUUCCAUUAAUUAUGGUUGUUCUGGAACCAUGGUAAUCUGAAUGGAGUGCCAGUUUGGGGAGAUCUGAUCCGACCUUGACUGGAAUUAGAUGGGCCGAAUUGCCAAUCUGAGGAGAAAGGCCUAUUCAAGUAUAAAAAAAACCAUAUCGACAAUUUAAUGGAGUAUUUACUUAUAACGACAAUUUAACCCUAGAGGGAUUAGCAUAAAAGAAACUCAAAAUUUUAUCUGUGCAUAGCUGAUGUUAACUGUUGAGUGCAGUGGCGCUUCUAUCUUAUCCAUCCAUACACCUCAAAUCUCAGAAUUGUGAGCCAGUUUGGGCCGGAACGAAUGGUGAUGAUUUCUUCUCGACAGACAAUGAAAGUGAAGGAUGUUUGGAAUAUACAGUGACUAGAAAAUUCUCCUCUUGUAUCAUUUGUGCGAUCCCCUUGGAGGUGAUAAUCUGUACUCUGAUGUUUGGACGUUGGCAUUGGCAAUGGAAAAGAAUUGAAGCUGGCGACAACAGAGGUUUGAUCAUAAGAUGAUUCCUGUCCAUUGAGAAAGAAACACUACAAUUAUUGGUUUCAGGAGAUGGUUGCUAGUAUCAGGAAAUAUUAAUCUUGUUGGAUAACUAUUCUUUCUGGGGUGGUGUUGCUAGUUUUUAGGAAAUCAGAUGCAGUCUCUUGGUAUCAGUUAGGGGAAUAGUAUCAGUGUCUACCUGCUCUGUUUUCCUGAUCCAAUCCUUCCCCCAUGAAUUUGUAUUUCUUUCUUUUUGUCGCCCUUUUAUUUGCUUACUUAUUUCUGUUUCUGUUUUGCGAAGCUGAGCCUAAAUCUCUUGUCUGAGUUGCGUCAUUUGCUAUUUUACAGGCACUCUCAAAGUCCACUAACAGGCUAAGGGAUUCUCUAUUGCCCAAGGAUGAACCCAAUCUGGCAGUUCCUCUUUUGUUGCUUUUGGCACAGCAUCGUUCCAUGUGAGCUAUUGAGUGGUUCUAUUAUAUGAUCCCAUUACUUUUUAUUCUUUUCUUUUCAUUUUUUUUUCAGCCAAACAUCUGAGUAAUUGUUUAUGUAUGAAUUUCAUACUUUUCAGGGUAGUCGUAAAUGCAGAUGCACCACACAUUAAGAUGGUCAGUGAACAAUUCGACAGGUGUCAUGGCACACUUCUUCAGUAUGUGGACUUUCUCUCUGGUGCAGUAACUCCUGGAGCUUAUGCUCAAAUGAUUCCUUCUCUUAGUGAUCUUGUACACAAAUACCAUCUUGAUCCAGAGGUAAUGCAUUCAAGUUGCACGUGUGACAUCUGAUGUUUACUUUAUUCUUCUUUCUGAUAAUGUUGUUGAAACUUUUAGGAGUUAUGCUAUUCGGAUGUACAUGCAUAGUCUGUUGCAAGUCUGUACAGGCCCUCGCCCCAGUGUGCUGCUAAAUAUUCAGUUGCUGACAGAAUUUAAAAAAAAAAUAUUUUGCGAAUUAAAGCUCUAUGCGGCUAUAUAUGUCAUCAUUCUCUUGUAUCAUUGUUGUUAUUUGUCGAAUUGAUGCUGAGUAUUUUGUUCUCAUUUUUGCGCGUCAAUAGAAUCAACUUUCUUGGUUUUUUUGAGAAAUACUUUUUGCAUUGUGGACAUUUAAAUGAUUUUGAUGCAGGUAGCAUUUUUGAUAUAUCGGCCUGUUAUGAGGCUUUUCAAGUGCUCGAGGAGCACUGAGAUUUGCUGGCCUCUUAGCUUUCCCACGGAUAUGGAAAAUCAUACUCUAGAGACAGAAUCAGAAAUUUCGGGUUCAGAUGUCCUUCUGGAUGUUGCUUCAUCUCGGGCACCCAUUAGGUCAGAUUCAUUUGAAAUUUCUUUAUUCAUUUGGCAAAAUUAGUUAUAUGCAUGAUCCCGUAUCAGUGAUAAAACUAAAUAUCAUGAUUCCAUCCUCUGAUUUCUACUUGAUUCUGCACAUUUGUUUUUCUGGACAUGUGAUUUUACCGUGCUUUUUUAAUCCUUCUAUUGUUUGCAGGUGGCUGGAUAUUCUAGGCACAGUUAGAAGCAUACUGCCUUUAAGAGCUUGGAACAGCCUUUCCCCUGAUCUAUAUACUACCUUUUGGGGAUUAACACUCUAUGAUCUUCACGUCCCUACUAAUCGUUAUGAGUCUGAGAUUACGAAACAACAUAGCAAUCUUAAAGCCCUUGAGGAGCUUACGGACAACUCAAGUUCGGCAAUUACAAAACGUAAGAAGGAUAAGGAAAGAACACACGAAUUGUUAGAUAAAUUGACUCUUGAACUCCAGAAGCAUGCAGAUCAUGUUGCAUCUGUCCGUGAACGACUGGGUCAUGAGAAAGAUAGGUGGCUGAGUUCUUGCCCUGAUACAUUAAAGAUCAACAUGGAAUUUCUUCAACGGUGUAUAUUUCCACGCUGCACUUUCAGCAUGCUAGAUGCCGAGUACUGUGCCGUUUUUGUGCAUACCCUGCAUUCGUUGGGGACACCCUAUUUCAACACUGUCAACCAUAUUGAUGUUCUAAUAUGCAAAACCUUGCAACCGAUGAUCUGCUGUUGUACUGAAUACGAAGCUGGCAGACUUGGCAGGUUUCUAUACGAAACAUUGAAGAUGGCAUACCGUUGGAAGGUAUUUCAUUGAUUAGUGAUAUUACUCACGAACUGUAUCAUGACCAAGAGUAUGAACAUUUUUGAAGUUUGAUAGUCUUCAUAUUUUUAAUGUUCAUGAUUUUUCUUCAGAGUGACGAAUCUGUUUAUGAGCAAGAAUGUGGAAACAAGCCAGGCUUUGCAGUUUAUUACCGAUUCCCGAACAGUCAACGUGUGACAUUUAACCAGUUUAUCAGAGUGAGUUCUUUCUUUUAUUCUGCCAUGGAUCGGGUCUUUUAUUUAACUUCUUGUAUUCCUUUCUGUGGCUCGUGUUGUAUUGGUAUAAGGAUGGAAAUUGAGAAUCGGAACAUAACUGCCGGUCAACGAAUGCUACAAGUGUAGGAUUUCGGAUUUUUGUGUGGAAGUGGAUAAUACCUCAUAGUUAAUAGGUUUUGAAAAAUAAAAUUAUGAAUCUAAUCACAGUAGUCUACACCAAGACCAUCAGCUCUGUUAGGGGCCCAAUUGGACUUUCCUUAACCCUAAAAAUCAGGUCUUAAGACAUUCUCUCACACUAUAACUGCUGAGAAAUUCAGCCUAAUAUUCUGUUUCUCUCCGUCCAUAUAGCCCAUAGAGUUGCUUACAGGAUGAACAAUUGUACCUGUUGGUUCUUGCUUUCCCACAGGCAGCUCCAAGUACUCUAUGGGUGAAAAUUAUGCUGAGAGAACUGUGAGUGAUUGUUUGUUAGAGACUGAUAUCAAGUUGAUCAAACGAAGUAUAGCAAUUAUUUAUCGCGUUAACUGAGAACGGGGAUAAUAUGUUCAUGAAGAAAACCUUGUUAUAUGAAAGAUGGAUUCGUUAAUUAGAUGGCGUGUUACUGUACGACCAUUGCCUUGUUCUUGAUGCAUUUUCCGCGUUCAUACAUUACUUUCCUUUGAUGGUUAUAACGAUCAACAUGUUAAUGAAGCUGUCGUCGUCAAGAAAGUUACUAUUCUUCUUUUCAUUCUACUAUUAGUAAUCGCUCAUGUUAUUAGAUAUCUAUCUGAUUACUGUGAAUAUUUUAGGUACAUUGUAAAUGGAACACGAGAAUUACACGAUUACUCAUACAAUGCCUGGAGUCUACUGAAUAUAUCGAAAUCAGAAACGCCCUCAUUAUGCUGACAAAAAUCUCAAGUGUUUUUCCAGUUACACGAAAAAGCGGGCUUAAUCUUGAGAAACGGGUAAAAGAGUUUGUAUUUUUUGUCAAUCUUUGUGGUUUUGCCUCCCAUAUUCUCUAAUCUCACGAUUUUUUUUAUUUUUUUAUUUUUAGGUUUCAAAAAUCAAAAGUGAUGAAAGAGAGGAUCUAAAAGUUCUGGCCACUGGUGUUGCUGCAGCAUUAGCUGCUCGUAAGGUGAGUUCAAAAAUCCGGGAAUUCGGUUCAUUAUGUCAGCUGGUUGAGGAGAAAUUUGUUUUAAUAUUUAUUUUUUAAAUUUCUGAACUGAUGCAAUUCGUAUUCUGUGCUUUGAAAAUGCAGACUUUUUGGGUUUCUGAGGAAGAAUUUAGCAUGGGUCAGAUUGAUCUAAAACCGGCUGCACAAUACUCUAAGGUUAUCACUGGUCCUCUCAAUGUAUUACGGGAGAAUUCUCAGAGUGACUCCAUAGUGACAAAAUGUGGAACUAUGGGAGCUCAAUUUCAGGAUAUGCCGAGCACACAAAAAGAUCAAGCUGUACGAGCAAAGCCCAGUGAUGUGAUGUCAGAGGGAUUAGAGGGCAUCGGAGGUUCAAAACCUGAUUUGGCUCAACAAAAGGUAGGAGUUGCUUCUGGAAACCGUUCUGAAUUUACAUACUCUUCUACCAUGACACCUGGCAACCCAUCUACAAUUCAGGCAACUGUGGAGGACUCCACCAGGGUACCUGGAGAGGAGAAUAUUACGAAGCAAUCUACGAAAGCUUCUUCAGACGCUGAGGUACAAGAAAUUGAUGUUUGUAGUGUCUGAAACUGUUGAAUUCUUAAUGUGUCUUUUUUAUGACGUUUAUUAUGUUGUUUCUACCUUGGAAUCAUUAAAUUCUUGAUGUUCCAUGGUGGAUUGUGCGUCAUGUUAUAGAAGCUGGAACAAUAGUUAUCGUAUUCAAUCAUUUCAACAUUAGAACUAUUUAACUCAUACCGAUCGUUGAUUCUUUAGGGGGUUUUUGUAGUUUGUGUAUGAAAUUCAUGAGAGGGAUAUAUAUGCACAGACUGAAUACAAUUGGUGUAUUUCAAGUGAAGGAGAGAUGGAGGAGAUGCCUGACAAGUCGAAGAGAUCCUUAUGCAUGGUACGACCAUCAUACUAGGUUAAAGGAAACGUGCAAAAUUCAUCAAAUCACGUCUGUGGUCCUAUGAAUUUCUGGGGAAAAAAAUGGUGCCUCACUGAGUCAAAUAAUGACUGUGUCAGAGCAUCAGUUUAGAUUUUAUGAUGAGAAGAUCGAAAGGAUAUACUCGUGCGUUUUAUGAUUUGGAAAGGAUAUGUUAUAAGAAUGUUUAAUUUGUUGGACAGUUCUAAAGAAUAGUAUUCUUACUUGGCAGAAGCUGUGCUUAUGUGCAGAAUAUGAUUUCGGGAUUUUAGAUGGUACUACGGGGCAUUCCCAAUUUUUUAGGUUUCUUCAUUUAAAGAUGUAAUGAGGCUGAGAUUUGGAUAAAUAAUGGUGGAAGGUGAUUAACAAAUGGUAAGGAUUUCUAUUUGCCUUUUUUGUUGCAUUGUUUUGGGGCAUAAUUUGAAAGAUAUUAUGACAUUGAAAGUUGGAUGAAAGGAAUUGGGGAAGAUGACUUAAACAUAUCAAGGAUUGCCUCUUUGCGCUUUAAAUGUGUUGCCUUGCACAUACGCAAGGCUUAACAAUUUCUUUUUUCUCAUAUCAUUAUUUUUCCAUCAUUCGGAUUGAUGCUAAGUCACAUUCGGUUGAUAUCUGUUCUGUCGAUAGAAUUUUCUUUUAGUAUGCUUACUUUGCUGAUGUUGCAGCCUCGGCCACAUGCAAAGCGCUCCACACAAGCUGUUCUUGCAAAGCAAUCAAAGCAGGAACUAAAAGAUGAUAGUAGACCUGAAAAAUCUGGCGCUAGAAAUGCUGGUCAGGUUUCUUCCACUGCUGCGGGGAGGGAAGUGGCAGUUCAAGCAUCGGAAGGAAGACAGGGUGGAAGUGCGACUGCUUUGACUACUACAAAUGGCAGUGCGACUUUGGCAUCUGCCAAGGGCUCACUUGCAACGACAAGACCCAUAGCUGAUACGCAUGGUGGGAUCACAAAGCCUGCAGAGUCUAAGGCUUCUGUUGCGAAUGACAAUGACAUUGAUGGCACUGAGAAGCCGAGACACAUUCCCUCUCGUCGUGGCCAUUCACCUCUCCAUGAUGAUUCGUUCACGGCGAGGCCCAGUGACAAGGACCAAAGGAGAAGCGCUACAAUUGACGAGCAAGAAAGGUUGGGAAAGCGUCGGAAGGCGGACACUGAACCAAGAGACAGUGAAAGUACAGAAAUCCGAACGGCUGACAGAGAGAAGCCCUCCGAGAACUUUUCAAAUGAAGAGCAGCCUUUGAGUAGGCUUUCAGACAGAGGUCAUGAAAAACUAAAGGAUAAGGCAAGUGAAAGGCACGAUAAGGACCACAGGGACAAGGUCGACCGUCCUGAAAAAUUGCGCGGUGAGGAUGCUCUUGAGAAGAAUAGAGAGAGGUCCUUGGAAAGAUAUGUUAGUGACCGUUCUACUGAGAGAAUGCAAGAGAGAGGAACUGACAGGACGCUUGAUAGAGCAGUGGACAAAAGCAGAGAUGACAGGGGAAAAGACGAGAGGAGCAAAGCUCGGCACACUGAUGCACCACUAGAUAAAUCACAUUCUGAUGAUCGUUUUCAAAGUUUACCUCCUCCUCCCCCCUUACCCCCUAGUUUUGUUCCGCACUCUUUCGGAGGGAGUCGAAGGGAUGAGGAGGCUGAUAGAAGGGUCACCAGCACACGGCAUACUCAGAGGCUUUCUCCUAAGCAUGAUGAUAAGGAACGCAGACGUUCCGAGGAGAAUUUGCCAGUUUUACAUGAAGAAGCAAAACGUAGGAGAGAAGAGGAUUUACGGGACAGGAAACGAGAUGAACGAGAUUCUCAGCAAACAAAGGUACAGUGCUCACUCAGUUAUUGCAGAAUAUUAUGCUUAUUACAUGACUCACUCACUCACUCACUCACUCACUCAUGGCUUACCAUGCUUAUGUGGAUUGAGUUUUUCAUUGACUCUAGAUUGUGUAAGAUGAAACCAAAGCAACUGUUUGAUGGUGUUUCCGAAUUCAAGUGCAACAUGUCACUUUCCACACAUAUCUAUUCAAAUGGCCUGCAUCCCAUAGAUUUCUCAACUGGGUUGUGUCAUGUAGAUUUCUCAAAUGGGCUAAAAAUGUGUCGAAGGGGGUCACAUUCCGUCUUCAUAUUCCAAUAAACCUCAAGGGGCUGCAUCCCAUCAUUGACUUACGCUCAUGGAGCUCUAUUUCACAAACUUGUGGAAUGACCCAUAUCUCAUAGACGUCUGAACAGGGCCUCAAACUCAUACAUUUCUUAAAUGGGUCACACAUGUCAUUGAUAAUUACGUUGGUGGACUUGAUCGAAUAAAUUUGUCAAAUUUCGUCCACCAUACAGGCCUCCAAAUCAGUUCCAUCCAAGAAAUGUCUGAGAGCAUUUCAUCAUCUUCACUUGGGCACUUUUCUUUUUUUCCUUUUAUUGAGGAUUUGGAUCGGCACAAGAAAUAGUUCUCAGAUGGACUCUGUUCACUUCUGUGCUUAUCUGUACGUCUAUUUGUCCUUCACGUUUAGGCAAAGUUUAAGGAAAGCUGAGGACCAUCUGAUGCCAGAAGAACUCUGGUUUUAACAGAUGAACCAGUAUCUUUGUGAGCUUUAGGCUCUGUGGGAUCCCAAAUAAUCAGUUUCUUGUGAAUAUUCUGUCUGAACCUUGAUUAGAUAUGCAUAUUGGAAGAUAACUUUCUUGCUGAACUUUAUAUUCGGAAAAAAAAUGAUGUGUAGGCGGAAGAGAGAGAAAGAGAAAAGGGGAAUAUCUCAAAGGAUGAUGCAGAAAGCAAUGCAGCCACGAAGCGCAGGAAACUUAAACGGGAUCAUCUAUCCUCGAUGGAAGCUGGAGAGUACGCCCCAGUGGCCCCCCUGCCACCUCAAUCUCACGUGUCAAGUGUCUCACAGCGAUUUGACGGAAGAGAGAGUGGGGAGAGGAAAGUUGCCAUGGCCCUGAAUCGUGCCAACUACGCGGAAGAACCAGUCCAGAGGAUGCACACCAAAGAAGCUGCCAGCAAGAUCCCCCGGAGGGAUGCCGAACAGUAUCCUUUUUCACUGAUUUCACAUAAUAUUCACCCAAUUUAAUUUUCUCUUACUUCUAUCUACAGAUUAUUUUCCUCCUGCUUGAUUUCCUCAGAUGGAAGAUUGACCCUCUAUCCAUCCAUCUGGAAUCGUCAGUGUUCAUGCAUCCAUCCACUGGGGGUUUGGGGUUGACCUGUUCUUAUGGAUAAUCUCGUUGCAGCUCACUCAGAUACUUGCAGCUUGAGAUUUUCCCUUAACCAGGCGCGCUGCAGGGCAUACGACCGCGAGUGGGAGGACGAAAAGCGACAGAGGGCGGAAGUGAAGAGGAAGCACCGGAAGUAG